CUACUCGAAGGUAUUGGGAAAGCCAAGGCCACACAAGACGAAACGUUUGACAGUCAUGCCGCGAACCUCUUCAAGCAAAGCAAAUCCUGUGAGCGACUUUACAAGGACGUUAAAGCAUAUUCCACUGCCAUGAAAGUGCUUUGUCAAGCCGAGAAGGCCCUUCACGACACUAUCAGGGAAUCUUAUGAAGCAGAGUGGCCAGAUCGAGAGCAAUUCACAGCUCUUCUAGAUAAUCUCGAAAUCCAGUCUAACGAGAUGGAGAAGGUGUUGUGUGAAGACCUCCCACAAGCGGUUUCAAGCUAUGUUUCACAAUUCCCCGAACUGAAGAAAAAG